AUGGACUGGUUGACGGUCGGCGCGUUGAACGUGGAACCGCUGCUACCUAAUCGGGCAGCGGAGGUGGUUGUGCGAGAUGCCUGUGGGCUGAGUGUCGAGCUGAGGCUGCUAGCGGAGUGCCGACAACGGCAAGCAUUGCUAAUCGGGGGCACGAUGGUUGAUGUGAGAAAGAUGACAGGAAUGUUUAAUGGCGGAUGGCUGAAGGCUGGUUGCAGAGGAUCGACCGAAGACAUCUCUGUGCAUGACAUGGCUAACCCUUGCACGACUGUAUUUCCCAGCAUUUUGCGGCCAAAGGCAGCGGUUGGAAGCCAUGGCGAUGUACUGGCCGAUUUCUGCUCAAUGGUUGUCGAGCUGCUUGGACACGCGGACAUAAGGUCGUAG